AUCGAUAAGUUUGUUUUUAUCAAUUUCAUUUUUUUUUAUCAAUCAGCUUACUAAAAAUAAUUACUAAUUAUGCCAAAUUUAUUGUGGAAUUUGAAACUAUGUACUUAUUACACCUUUUAACAUUUCCGCGUUGAUUGCCUACGGUUAUUUACACAUUUCCGGUGUCAAAAAGUUAGAUAUUCUAACAUGAAAUAAUUUCCAACAUUACAAAUACGAUAUAUUUUGUUAGUGCACCUUAUUUUGAAAACUUCACCGGAGUGAUUCGUUCAUUUACCAAUGGCCAAUGACAGAGAAGUCUUGAGAGAAAUAUGGGAUGGUAAGCUUCCUGUUAGAUUUAUGUUACACGAUGAAGAAGUUCACGAUCUCCAAGCACCAGAGCCAUAUUACCUUAUGGUACCCAGACUGAGUUAUUUCCCAUUAGUUUGGGACAAAGUUCGUAAACAUUUCUCCAAACAUGUACAUCCUGAUAAACAGGAGUCAGAGAUGUGGUUAGAUUUUAACGGAACACCUCUAAGAUGGCACUAUCCGGUUGGUUUAUUAUUCGAUUUAUACGCUUAUGACACGCAGUUACCAUGGUCAUUAACUGUUCAUUUUGAUAAAUUCCCCGAAGAUGAGAUAAUUCAUUGCGCUAGCAGGGAUGUUGUAAAAUCUCAUUUCAUGUCAACUAUUAAAGAAGCUGAUGCAUUGAAACAUCGUAGCCAAGUUAUCAGCAUAAUGCAAGAAAAAGAACACACUCAGUUAUGGCUGGGUUUACAGAAUGAUAAAUUCGAUCAGUUUUGGGCUGUAAAUAAAAAAUUAAUGGAUACAUCUUCCAACGAAGGAGAAUUCAAACACAUUCCUUUCAGAUUGUACACAACAGACGAUGCUCCGUUUGUACAAAAAUUGAUAAAACCUUACAACGAAGAUAAACAGCAGAAGGUUUUGAGUAAUCUUAUUCAAGAAAUUUACCCUAGCAAUUACGAUAAAAUGAAAGUGAUUAUUCAUGGGAUAGAUAUUCCUUUGGACACGCCGAUUCAAUGGCUAAGUGAGCAUUUAAGUUACCCUGAUAAUUUUCUACAUUUUUGUGUUGUUUCAAACCCUUGACAAAUUUACACUGCUGUUUACUAUUUUAUUUUACUUUAAAGCGUGUACCUAUUCGUAUGAUUUUUACUUCCAUUUUAUUUACGGAAAUGAUUAUCGAAGUGAUAGGUUAUUUGUGAAGAAAAGAAGUCCCCAAUAUUUGUUUGUUUUUCUGCGUGGAAAAGAUUAUUAUUAUUGUUAGGUAUUAGUUUUUGAAACGUUUCGAUCAAGAUUAUAGAAUAUUUGUAAUAAAUUACGGAUACCAAUAAUGUAAUAUGCGUAGGCUGGCAUUUAAACAGUUUUUCAUUUACUUUUAUGUGUACGUUUUUACACUUUUUACUGGAUCAUUCUUGAUCUUUUGCCCUUUCAUAGGAAAUCGCUUUUCCAUAUUUUUUUUCAUUUUUUUUAUUUUCGUUUUAUCAUAUUAAUUUUUUUAAAAUCAUACUUUUUAAACAUUUUUGGUUUUGUAAUUCAAACGACUGUCUAUAUUAUAAUUUGUAUAUUUUUCCGAACAUUUAAACAUUACGUACUGUGUUGAAUGGCAUUACCUUUUUUUUUUGCCUUCGACCAAUUUCGAGUAUUGAAAAAAUACAUUCAUUUUGAAAACUUA